AUGAGGCUCUUCCACAUCCUGCUGCUGCCUCUCUGCCUGCUCUUGGCCCAGGUGGGCCCAGGUGCCGGCCUCAUCAAGAGACUGUCAAUCAGGAAUCUAGACUAUAGGUGCCCCUCAUGGCGGGGGAUCUGCACCUUCGGCAUAUGCCCACCCGACACCAGCCACAUCGGCAGCUGCCAAAACGGAAGAGCCAAGUGCUGCAUAUGA